AUGCGGCGCAUGCGCAUAGCUGAAUUAGCCGACAGCUAGCGCCGUUGCUGCGUGUGCACCGUAGUUACACACACAACCUAGCGUUAGCAACAAGACCCACAGCAGCAUCACAGAGUCUGUAAGGUUAACUCGGAGCAUUCACAGGUGCUGGUGUAGGAGUGCUCCGACGGGGAAACGGAUCCGCAAUGCUCAACCCGACCAAUGGUGACCCAGGUCAUGUUGUUGUGAACUAUGUGGAGGAGUAUUUGGACCUGGUGGAGUCCCUUCCUUUUGAUUUGCAAAGGAGCGUGUCACUCAUGAAGGAAAUUGAUGCCAAGUAUCAAGAUGUUCUGAAGGAGCUUGAUGAUGCUUAUGAGCGGUAUCGCCGUGAAUCCGACUCCCUUCAGAGGCGCAAGCUUCAGUUGUCUAUUCAGAGGGCACUAAUUCGUAGUCAGGAGCUUGGAGAUGAAAAGAUCCAGAUUGCUGGUCAAAUGGUGGAGCUGGUUGAGAACCGAACGCGACAAAUAGACUGGCAUUCAGAACUUCUCCUUUCCUCUCAAGAAAUCCCAGAAAGUCACAUUCCUCCGGCCACCUCCAUGACGACCACUGCAGCAUCUUUGAUGUCCUCAACAUCAGCUACAGUUACUGUGGGCAAACCCAGUCACCACGACAAGAAGCGCGAUGAGGUCACAUCAGCUUCAGGCGGUGGAGAAAAGGCUGGAGGGAAACGCUCACGACGUCAGAAAAAUGGAGAAAAUCGGGAAAGCUACGGGAGUCUGGAUCAUGCAGAAGAAGUGGGAGUGGGGGCGUCUCGGGAAAAGAAGGCCAAAACAUCUUCCAAGAAAAAGAAAAGGUCAAAAGGAAAAUCAGAGAGAGAAGUGUCUCCUCCAGACCUGCCCAUCGAUCCGGAUGAGCCAACAUAUUGCCUGUGCGAACAGGUUUCUUACGGCGAGAUGAUUGGCUGCGAUAAUGACGAAUGUCCUAUUGAGUGGUUUCAUUUCUCCUGCGUCGGGCUCCAUCAUAAGCCCAAAGGCAAGUGGUACUGCCCGAAGUGUAGAGGCGAAAAUGAGAAGACCAUGGACAAGGCCUUAGAAAGGGCUAAGAAGGAGAGGGCCUACAACAGGUAGCUCACCUGGCCCCAUGAACAUUCCUGUGUGAAAAUUUUAAUUUUAUCUAUAUUAGUCUUCAUUUACAGUUAACAGUGUUUGCUAAAAAAGAAAAAAAAAUCCACGAAGAGAGGGGUGUUGUAAAUAGUUAUUUUUGUAACAGCUGUGUACCUGAGAAAUGAGAAUCCCACCUCCUGGUUGUUUACAAACAGUAGCUGUAGUACAGUAUGCAACCAUGUGCAUGUUUGUAACAAGCUGUCCUGCACAUCAUCCCUCUUUGUUUUCAUCUUGCAUGCAACAUCACAAGCUUAACUAUAUAAACUCAAAUAAAAAACAAAACAGAAACAUGGAUUCUGUGUUCUGUAUAAUCAACACUCAAAGUUCACUGUGCAGUGAUUUCACAUGCAUCGUUUUCUGUAAUCAUUGAUCUGUAAUUACAACAGAAUUGCGGCCUACUGCAUUUCACUAGAACAUUGUACAAGAGCAACAAUGCUACUAUCUUUAUGAUAAAAUGAGAUGAUUUAUUUAAUGGGUUUUAGGUAAGAGCUAAUGAUUCUGCAGUAUUACUUAAAGAACUGCCAGUGGAGAGUAUGCAUUUUAAUUUUGAUUGAAUAUAUAAUUUUAUUUUGCUGCUCUAACAAAGAUCUCAAAAUAAGAUCUUACACAGUGGAUUUUCUGGUAUCACCAUCUCCAGAAACAGAACUUAUGAGAACUUUGGCUUUACCACGGUCCACUUUCCCAGUCAAGGCCUGAUUUAGACUUGACUAUGAAUUUCUGUAGAGCCUACGACAUACCCUACACAAGUGGCCAUUGUUGCUACCAACAUUUAUCCUUGUUUGUGGUGGAUUAUUUAUUACUUGUAUUCAGAGGGGUUUUAGGUUACAAUGAGAAUGUACAGUGUAGAUCUCCCACUGAAGCAUUAAUCCCCAACAAGUCCCAGUUUACACCAGUAUAUAGUUAAUGUUUGACUAAUGUGUAGUGUGUGUAUGUACACACACACACACACACACGUGUAGAUGCCUAUCAAACUUCGUAAAGUAAAAUAACUUUUGCACCAACUAAAAAGAAAAUGCAUAUCCAUAUAAGGAUGACUUUGCCUUUUUUUAUUUACAAGUACUGGAAAAGGUGACAUGGGGGACAACCAGUGCAAAAUCUGUACAUAAUUUAAGUUGCAGGUUUCUUAUAUACACAAGUGAACGGGAAAGUGAAUACACUCCGUCAUGCAUGUAACAGUUCACAACACAGCAAAGGACACGGUGUAAUGGUGACUUAGUUGUAGUCCAUGAUGCUCCGGCUGCUCAUCAUCCAACUGCCUUGUGAAAAUAAACUGACAACAAAUCAGGCUCACAACAGAAAAGGACCCAUGACUUAACGAUGCACCCUCUUGAGACACAAAACAUAAUUAAUCAUGGAGUUAUUAGAGCAAGUUGGAACACACCAGGAUUUUAAGUAAUGGCCCUCAAGUCCACAAUGAUAUUACAUCAAGGCAAGAUUCAGCACAUUUCCCCUGAUGAACUUUAAAAGGGGGCGAGAAUAGAAAA